GCGUAUUCGGCGACAUAACUGUACGGCUUUCUGGACGUUUCCAUGAUGUUUUUGUAGGAAUCUUUGCAGUUGCAUCUGCUCUUUCGCAGUAGGCGAUGCCUCACCGAUGUUGUUACGCUACCGUACCGGUGAUUUCGUGAGAAGGGUGCUGAAGUGCGAGGGCACGUGAAUUGUGAGGAAAGGUCCACGGCAUUGUCGGAGUCCGCUGAACUACGCGUGUAGUGCUUUGGCUGCGUGACACUCAACUGACGUCUGUGCAUGAUAAGGGCUGGGGUGGGAAUAGGUCAGGUUAGGAGGCGAAUGUGUUCAGAAUUUUCGAUUUCAGGAUGCCUGUUACGCGAUCACAGUUCAAGCUGAAGCGGCGAUCUCCGUCGGGCGAUGAUCCUGUUUGUGAAUUUAAUUCUUCUAACGAAGAUCAGGAAGAAAUCGAGCUUGAAUCCGAGCUAGAGAAGGCCCUCCAGCAAGACGAAGGAUCGGAGCAGGAAUACUCAGACGAAUCGUGUGAGUCUGAAUCAAAUGUUAGCGAUGAAGCAAUGGAAUCUGAAGAUGAAGAUAGUGUCAUCGACGAAAUGGACAACGAGGAAGAUGGGAAUGCUAGUGGUAUCAGCAAUUCAAAGUUUGCCCUCCUCGUGAAGAAGCUCGAAGAGUGUUUGACGUCGGACGAAGCGAAUGAAAAGGGAGUCGUGAGUUUACUAGCAGAACUGGACAACAGAAUUUCUUCGUAUCUUCAAGUUGCGCUCGUUCCCAGAACCGAUGGUUCGGAGGAAGAUGCCGUUGAGCUGCUGCGUCAAUUCGAACAGAGUAUCGAAAUUCUCACGAAAAUGGUUCACCAGAAACCUUCCGACUCAGCGUCAGUGGAGAAAGCUGCCGAAGUUUUGAAUAAUUUUGCGGCGAUAGAAAAGGGAACGUGUGCGCUGCAGGCGAGUGUCAAUACUGCAUGUCUGAGUCUCUAUCUAUCGGAUGAAGAAAAGCUCAUCAAUUUAAUUCAAAACUUCGGAAGCACUAUGAAAACGGCCCCUGGUAGCAAAUGUACGUUCAUCACGCGAGAGAUCAUACAAAGUCUUGAUGCCAAGGCGAAGGAAGGCCAUCAUAUCACCGAUAUUUUUGUUACGAACCUGAUGACUUUGUUGGAAUCCCUACCGCAACCCGAGUUCAACGACAAAAAAAGAAAAAGAGGUUCUUACGAACAUGGACUCGACCGACUGUGGACUGCAUUAAUAUGCGGUGUGGACUUGAAAUCCUCCUCCAGUUCUUCGACCAUACCCUUGAAUACUUACAAUUCCAGAAGACUUCUUAUUUGGUUACCCACCAAAGUAUUCCCGUGCUUGCACAAUGCACAGAUUGCCGCAGAUUUUUUGCAGUCCUAUUUUCAUCAAGGAGGAAUUUAUUCAUUUUUGGCAUUGGAAGGGAUCUUUAUUUUGAUGACCAAAUAUCACUUGGAAGUUCCGAAGUUUUACCAAAAACUGUACGGGUUAUUGAACGCAAGUUUGUUCUCUAGCAAGUAUAGGAAUGUUUAUUUCAAAAUGCUCGACCGAUUUCUGUCUUCAGCAUACUUGCCGGAUUACCUCGUAAGAUCGUUCGUCAAGAAAUUCUCCCGCCUUGCCCUGGGAGCUCCAUGCGAUGCGCUUUUCGGACUGCUACCGAUUAUCCUCAAUCUCAUCAUUCGAUUUCCUUCGUUGAAAUCGUUGGUUGAUGCAGAGAAUCAAACUGAUUCUGCAGAUGAUCCAUUCGAUGCGAAUGAACCUGAUCCCAUGAAAAGCAAUGCGAACAACUCUUGUCUAUGGGAGGUGAAAACUUUGACGCAGCACGCAGUUCCGAUUGUUGCAGAACUCGCACUUGCGAGUUUGCGAAGACCGCUUCCGAAGCAAGAGUCAGAUCUUUCGAGGAGAAUAAAUACGACGUCGGAAUUCGUCUUCAAGUCCGUCACAACGAAAGUUGUACCUCCUGAUGUGGCACUAUCUAUAUCUUGUCAAGCAGACUUCUUCAAAAUUGGCUUUGAUUGAUGCCGUUCUGUCUGAUGGAAGGAAAUAUGAACUUUCUGCCAAGCGGUAAA